GCAAUCGACUAUUCAGAAACCGAAACCGAUGAGUGCGCAGGUUGGGAGGCAUGGCGGCAUCGUGCUCGGCAUGCUAUGUCGACUGUUGUUUUGAACUGAGAAGCUGAAGUUGUGCGUGUUCUUUUCGCGUUGUAUGAAUUAAUCUCACUUGAAAUAGUAAUUAUCAAUUGAAUGUCCAGGAUCUGCAAUGGCUAAGAAGGGACGUAAUCACAGGAAAAAGGCGAGGCGAAGAGCGGAACGUAUGUCGUGCACUGAAGAUGUGAGCGCGAAUCUUUUGAAGUGGAUGACUGCAAACGGUUUCGAACUGCACAAGCAGCUGUGUCUCAGGGAAUUCCGUGAAACUGGAAGAGGGCUGGCAACGCAACAGAUGCUGUCUUCUGGAGACACUUUUCUAAGAGUACCAACUUGUCUCCUAAUAACCACUCAGACAGCUUUGUCAAGCAGCUUACGCGAUUUUGUUAUCAGAAAUCAUGGGCAACUCACUCCCAUUGAAGUGUUGACACUUUUUCUUAUGAAUGAAAAGCUCAGAGGCCAUGAUUCAGAGUGGCGCUUCUUCAUCAAAAGCUUGCCGGCUACCUACACAACACCUGUGUUCCUUGGAAGCAGAUUGCUUGCCAAACUGCCCUGCGACUUGUUCCGAAAAGCACAGACCCAAGUGUCUAGGAUACGAAGUACUUUUUUAAAGUUACAAACUUUAACAAAGGAAAGCACUGGUGGCAACUCGCUGCUUUCUAGCCUUUCCAAGAACUUUACAUGGCACCUGUUUGUGUGGGCUUGGACUGCUGUUAACACUCGCUGCAUCUUUAGUGAGCACAAGACUGGCCAUUCCCUUUGGGAUGAUGACAAGUGUGCCCUAGCUCCAUUUCUGGACUGCUUGAACCACCACUGGAAGGCAAGUGUGCAAACUGCAAUAGUGGACUCCUACUUUGAAAUUGUUACAAAUAAUAAUUACCAGCCGAACGAUCAAGUUUUCAUCAGUUAUGGCUCGCACGACAACAAGAAGUUAUUUAUGGAGUACGGCUUUGUUCUUGCCGAUAACCCAAAUGACGUGGUUGCAAUCACAAGAGAGCACCUAUGUAAGCUGCACUCCUGGAAGGCGCAAGCAAUCCCACAUUUUGCCUCAAAGCUUUCUUUUCUGGAGGCAAAAAAUGCUAUAAGUGAGUCUUGUGGCUUUACUGCGGAUGGAUUGACAUGGAAUGGGCGAAUUGUCAUGCAAGUACUGUCACAUCCCAAGGCAUCAAGGUUGGAAUGGAACAAAUUGCUGUUUCGGUCCAGAGAAGAGGAACUCGACGAACAGCAGUGUCAGUUAGUGGUGACUUUAAUAGAAGCCAUGUUGUGCGACUACAGUGCUCCGCUACCUGAAGGCAAAGACUUCUGCUCACAGACAGUGGCUGCAUUUAUCAGAGAAGAGACAAAAAUUCUCAAGAAACAACUACAACUCUAUACGAGAUAGAUGUGCAUCUGUGAGUGAAUGCGGUAGUGUGCAACACACAGAUCAUAAUAACUGGUCACAGUGCUGUAGUUUGUCUACUGCACCACAUAAAGGGUGUUCCAGCUAACUUAAGACACUGCUAAAAAAUAUGCCGGAGAAGGGCCCGACCACAUGUGUGUUGCUGGCUGUUGUAUCGAGCAAGUCACACUACUUUUUUGUAUUCUGCUUGAUUGCAUAAUUAGUUAAAGCGGUACUGACAUUAUCUUUCCGAAUAUUCAUUUUUUUUGCAUUAAAGGUGGCCUGAAACACUUUUUGAGCACAGUAAGAAAAUGCUUCUGAUCUGUUACUGAAACACCUGUGAACAUGCGAGCCAAAUAUUAUUUCACUGCAUGCAGCGUCAUUUCAAGCAGCUGGACCUAUUAACAGCUUUUGGCUUAUUUCGUGAUUGUGAGAACAUUCUCAGUUUCUCAUUAGAAACUGCAAGAACAUUUGCAUCAAAUGACUUAUGGUGCUCUGGGGUUUGUCACUAUAUCUUCUAGGGUUUAGAGGUCCGGGCUUUCAUUUAACAAAAAUAAUGAAUAGUUGAGAAUAUAAUGUCAGUAUACCUUUAGGAUUACUUAACCUAUUAAUUAACAUUUUCGGGCAAAACUUCUAACAAGAAAGUUGCGAAGCAUUCGUGGAAAUGUCUAUUUAAGCAGAGCCUGCUUGUUACAUUACUUUUUCUGCGUCCUAAAGAAAGCCUGUAAAAUAAUGAAAAAUGCAAGUGACAUUGCCACUUGCAUGCCGUGAUUGCAGUGCGGUCAAACAUGCCACGUAUGAACCAACUGCAGAUUUAGUCUGGUGUGCCGCAGCUUAAACCUUGGCUAAAGUAAGUUGGAACAGCCCGCAGAAAAGCUUGCGCUCGCCCAUGUGCCGUCCAGUAUAGCAGAAGUACUGUUUCGCAAGACUUCCACAAGUGCUGCAGCUGCCAUGCAUUAAAUAGUGCUGAACUAAACAGCUAAGUAGUGUUUGAAUGCACCUGCUCUGCGUUGUCGUUUAUUGAAUGUUCUCAGCACUGCAUGUGAGACAACGAGAAAGUGCAGAGGUGCAGGCACCACAGCUGCUUAAUUUUGCAAUGGACACAUGAGGUGCCUCAUGGCUAAAGUGGCAAAGGACGUCACUAAAUCCUGUCGUGCAACACCUAGCCACUCACUUGUAUUUACUGCGCUAACCCAGUUCUAACACAUCCUCGUACGUAGUAACGUGCCACGCUGUUUUGAGGUGUCUUUUUAAAAUAACAGAGGUUCUAAAAUUUUCUUUCUUCUUUUCAUCAGCGUAAAGCUAGAGAGCUGUAGUUAAAAGCUCGAGUGAAGUGUCCUUACAGUGUAUUACACAGCAUAACUGUCGAGAAAUGAAGGCAUGAGGGAAAUCAAAAAGAUAAUUUUUUUUCCCUUUUAUUUGAGCGUAUCUUGCUGCAAACAAAGGAACAACCACACAGUACAUUGCAUAUUUCUCCAUUUCACUUAUGAGCCCACACAGGCCAUGUGUCUCUGAAGGAAACUAAGCAAUUAUUCAGCACUGAUAUUGGCGGCUGCUCUGUAAACAUGCAGCUUUGAUAUUGCAGCAACGAACUCUUCAUUUUUCUCCUUAGUUUAUUAUUAUUAAUAUUUUUGCACUUAUGGAAUGUUCAAAAAAGGGGGAAAAAAAUACAGAAAGGAAAAAUUGUAAAGGUGCAGCACAAGGUUGAAAUUUGGCACUUUAUACAGCAAAGUGAUUCUCCUUUUUUUUUUUUUGUCAGAUUUUGCAGAGUUUAGCUGGAGACCUUGGGUCCUGCCUUAAAUUUAGCCUCUUUACUGGCCCUAUGCUAAGAUGCAUAGAAUGAAAAGAAAAAAGAAAGCUGAUGUACAAAGACAACCAAUGAACUGAUUUGAAUUAAAUCGGUAUAUAUAAAACAGCAUUAAUCUAGUCAGUGUGGGGAGCAGAUUUUAUGUUUAGCGUCUCAAAUUUCUUGCAUAAAUUGACAAAGAGAGGAAAAUUCAAGGAAACUGUAGCAUCGUGUUUAUGACUUUAACAUAUCAAUGAAGAGAUAGAUGCCAUAAUUCUGUAAGGAAAUAUGAGAGUGCAAAUGUUCAAGAGAGAUAUAUUGCACAUUACUCUAAAAAAUAACCCUCUUGGUAAGACUGUUGUUUAAAGGAAUGCCGACACAUCAAAGGUUGUGCUGUACUUUGCACAUUUCGAACUGUUUUCAUUAAAAGGUGAUGUAAUUAAAUAUUUGUUGCCCUUUCAACAACUUGAGACUUCAUAUUACCAGUGCAGAGUCGACAUCUGCCUAAAAGAAACAAUAAAGCGAGACAAAAUUUUCGUGUCAGCAUUCCUUCAAAUGAAGCAAAUGAUGCAAGUAUAUUAUGUAGAUCGAAAAUAAUAGAGAAUGUGUCUGCUUUAAACAACUUAACAGAACUGCUAUCUGUUUGCAGAUUCCUGUCAACAUCUGUAAAAUAAGAUAGAAAAAAAAAAAGAA